CUCUCCUUCCGUGAAGGCGAACCAUGAAGAAUCUCGAUUUCGACACAGACAAAGUUCUCGUGAAGGAGUUCCUCUCAAACUUCACUGACGUCAAUGGCGAGCCGAAAUACAUGAACAUCUUUGUGAUGAAACUAGGUGCAUCCAAGUCCCAAAUGCAAAACAAGAAAAAGGCAACGAUCGUUCCAUCAAGCAGCGACAUCAAACCCAUAGAAGCGGGAUGGCCGUUGGGAAACGCCUGCAAAUUCCUGCAACUAUCGUGCGCUGCCGUCAUGGACAUACUCUCACGGCUUCCCAUUACCACCCUUCUCACCUACAAGUGCGUUUACAAAAGAUUUCUCCAUUUAAUUUUCGAUCCUGAGUUUGCUCAGCUACAUCUUACGAGAUCAGCUGUUAGUAUCAUGAUCAAAACCCUACCCCCCGUUAACGGGUCCAAGAGACUUCAGGUUGCCCAGAUUGAGGACAAUGGGGCAGGGUUUGAGGUCAGGAAAAUGGAAUUUACUGCAAAAGAUAGCUUACCCACUUGUGAUUUUGGUCAUAUGAACUCAUGCAAUGGGUUGAUUUGCUUAGUUGGGUUUGAAAAGGAUGAUCCUAUUUAUGUAUGCAUCUGGUUAUUGAGAGAUGAUUGAUUAUUUGCAUCCAAUAGUAGAUAUGAGGUCUUUUUUUUUUGGUGUUUCUUCAUGGUUUUGAUCCAAGCCAGCUGGGUUCCGCGUGAACCCCGCGAGUUGGGUUCCUCACAAACCCAGGCUCUUAGAUUCGCUU